AUGACACUAACCACGGCAAUGGCUGCUCGACUUGGGAAAUGUAGAAGAACACCUAUUUUCAGUGAAGACAAAACAACUACAGUGAAGUUAUUUGCACUCUGGAAUAGUCCGAGAGUCCAAGAGCAAGUACACCGAAACGAAAGUUUAAAAGAAACAAAUGAUUUACUGAUUAAAGAAAAUACUGAUCUGAAAAAAGAAAUAGAGCAUCUAAAAAAUGAAUUGAAAUUGCUUAUAUCACUGUCAUUGCCAAGUAGUGAAUUUAAAAGUUCAACCCAAAAAAGUAAUGCAGAAAGCGAUGAAGACGAUUUUAAACAUGUCAUUGCGGAAACGUUUUGUGCAGAAAUGUUAGACGAAACACAUUAUUCUGUUAAUCAAAGUGAAACUUUUGAAAAUUGCCAAACUAGCCCUAUAAUUUGUACAAAAUUUCAAAAACCAAACAAACAAGAUAAUUUAAAACACACAGAGGAAAAAUGUACCUUAAAUAACAAAAAAUUAGAAAAUUGUGUCCCAUCUUGGGAUAAUUUAGAAUAUGUACCAGAGACUCCAGAUGUUAUUCAAAAUUCUAAGAGCAUUUUUACAUUUGGAAAGUCAUUCAAAUCAAAUAAAAGACCUCCAUUAGUAUCAACGGAAAACUCUCCAAAGUCAAAAUUAAAGAAGGGAGAAACAUACAAUAGUCCAGUUUUAUUUGAAAGCAGUGAUGAUAGUUUUUUUAUAAAUGAAUGUAAUAAAUCAUCAGAUAGUAUAAAAAACAAAGGUAAACCUAGAACUAGCACAUUUAUAAAACCUGUUACUAAAGGUACUAAAUUGAAACAAAUGAGUGUGAUAAAAUGUUUUAAACGAUCUACACCAUCAUCUCCAGAAAAUGUUUUUAAUUUUGAAGAUACAGAUAUUAUGAAUGAGAAUAUUCCCAGCGAUCCAAACUUGGAUGAAUCUGCAAUUUUAUCUGGGAAUGGAUCAUUAUUUAAUGUCUUUAAAACAGAUUCAAUAUCUCCAAAAUCAAGAUUAUCUCCUGCUAGGAAAAGACUAAAUUUUAAUAUGUGUGAAGCAGGCUCCUCCACUAAAAAAAGUACUCCUAAUGAUUGUGACAAAAUUAAUUCAAAUAAGUCAGUAAAUGAACAGAAAAAUCUGAAUGCUGAUAAUAGUUUUCUAUAUAUUCGUGACCCGGUUAGGAAAAAAUCUGAUCGAAAAAAACUUCAAGGCUGGUCUUGUGAAGAUUGUCAAAAGUAUUACGAAGGUGCAAAUUUAACAGAAAGUCAAAUGCAAGCUAAAAUAAAUGAAUGUUCUAAACAUCGAGAUAAUCACAAUCCAUUUGCUUCAAAUACACCUCCUGGUUAUUGGAAUCCAGAAUUUCCUCCAACACAAGAAAUAGAUAGAACACAAACGGGUCACAAGAUCUCGAGCAAAUAAAGUAUUACCUCUCUGUUCUUGAUCCAAUUCUAUUGCAGUGAAUAACGCCUUGAAAUUACCGGCGCC